AUGGUCGCAUGGUCCGUAAACCGCUCCGUCCGCCGCGCAGCAAUGGCCCAAUCCGAAUCCAAGCGCCUCCUCCGCGGAAGCCGCAAGAAGCGCUCAACAGUCUACGCCCCGGCCCCCGCGACCGACGUCUCCCUAGAAAAACUCGGCGCAGCAACCCGCGCAAGCUACAAGCCCUCCUCCAAGCGCGGCCCCAGCGGCGGCAGCGGCCUCUUUUACUCGCCGACAGCUGGCGGUGCCGGAGCGGGCGCAGGCGCAGCGGCCGGAUCGCACCAUAGUCUCGGCGCGACGAAUAAUCGUGGCUCGACGUACCUCCCGCCGGGAUUCUAUACUGCUGCUGGUAAUAACUCGACCAGGGACUCGAUUGGUGGUGCGCCGGGUGCGGGUGGUGGUGCGGGAUACCCGCCUAAUGGUUCUUCGCCUUCUUUGCCGCCGACGGGGCCUGGGACGUACUAUGAUGCGCCGCCGCGGCAGUCGUAUGGUGGUGCGUCGACCAGUUCGUUGAAUCUUAGUCAGGUGCAGCAAGGCCGGGCGCCGAGUGCGUAUCUGGAGGAUCUUUUUGAGAAUCAUAGUUCGCCGCCGCCGCGUCGGUCGGAUCGGCGGGAGAGGUAG